AUCGCGCCCGCCGCCCGCGCACCCCGGCCACAUGGAGCAGCUAAAGGCUUUAGACCAUGAAGUAAACGAACUUGUGGACUAUAUGUUUGGACCUCGAGAUUCCAGGGUCAGAGGUUGGUUCCUGUUGGACUCCUAUCUACCCACAUUUUUCCUUACUGUAGCCUAUCUGCUUUCCAUAUGGCUGGGUACCGAGUAUAUGAAGAACAGGCCUGCCUUCUCACUCCGGGGACAUCUCCUGAUAUAUAAUCUUGGAAUCACACUACUUUCUUUGUACAUGCUCAUAGAGCUCAUUCUUUCCACUUGGGAAGGAAGCUAUAACUUACAAUGUCAGAACCUUCACAGUGCAGGAGAAGCGGAUGUCCGGGUGGCCAAGGUGUUGUGGUGGUAUUAUUUUUCUAAAGUAAUUGAAUUCAUGGACACUAUUUUCUUUGUACUACGGAAGAAGAACAGUCAAAUCACCUUCCUUCAUGUAUAUCAUCAUGCCACCAUGUUUAACAUCUGGUGGUGUGUUCUGAACUGGAUACCUUGUGGACAAAGUUUCUUUGGACCCACCUUGAAUAGUUUUAUCCAUGUUCUGAUGUAUUCCUACUACGGAUUGUCUGUCAUUCCAUCCAUGCGCAAGUAUCUGUGGUGGAAGAAAUACCUCACUCAGGCACAACUGAUUCAGUUUCUUCUUACCAUUACACAUACCCUUAGUGCAGCUGUGAAGCCGUGUGGAUUUCCAUUUGGUUGCCUCAUGUUUCAGUCCUCAUACAUGACUACGCUGGUCAUUCUCUUCAUAAACUUUUAUAUUAAGACAUAUCAGAAAGCACCUUCAAGAACUGACAUGAAGGAGGUCCCAUCUGUGACAGAACUCAAGAAUGGUUUCCAUAAAGACUACUUGGCUAGAGCCAACGGACUUCUGACCAAUAAGAAAGCACAAUAAGUAUAACAACUCAAUAUUACAUUAUAGUAUUCCUUUCAGUUUUGCUAAGAAGAGACAAGAGACUGAGUUGAGACACCACUUUAGUGUAAACCCUGACUCAGUUUGGUUACCUGUAACAGUUCUUUGUAGCAGACAUUUUAUUCAUGUAUCGUGAAUUAGGUUUUUAACAAUGUGUAGCUUAAAUUCUUUGACCGAGAUCAACUUCAAAAUGAUACAAAAUGAUUUAAGGUCGAUCACUCAGAUCCAAAAUGCAAAGGAAAAAAUUCCACAAUCUGAAAUGCUGACACAAAAAAAAAUGCCUUACAAAGUAUUUCAUUGGGAAAUCCAGACAGUGGUUCUUAACUUCAAAAGUUAAGGCUCUGUUCAGACUAAAAAAGGUUAGAACAUCCUACA